AUGGCUAAACAAGCGAGAAUGGAAGGUGUAGACAGGAUAAGCAAUUUACCAGACCCAAUUUUAAGUCACAUCCUAUCGUUCCUUCCGACAAAAGAAGCAGUAGCAACCUCCAUUUUAUCUACCCGGUGGAGUAAGAUUGUUUCUCUAAUAUCUAAUCUUAACUUGGAUGAUCAUUGUAAAAGGAGGAAGUAUGAUAGUUAUAGUUUCAUGAAUUUUGUGGAUCGAGUUCUGUUUUACCGCACUGGGGUUGUGGAUAAAUUUCAUCUCAAGUGUGGAGACUCUAUUGAUUCUUACCGGAUUGAUGGAUGGAUACGAUACGCGUUAUUGAACAGGGUUAGAGAGCUUGACUUAUGCCUUAAGGUUAAGGAGCUAAAUAUGGUGCCUCUUGGGGUAUUUACUUGCAAGACAUUGGAGGUAUUGAGAUUGGACAUCUACAGCAAGUGCAAGAUUGUCCUGAAACUGCCUGUUGAGAUUUGUUCUCCUAGUCUCAAGAUUCUCCACCUAUCCGGUAUUGAAUUUUCAGAUGAUGAUUCAAUUCAAAGACUCCUUUCUUGCUGCUCCGUGCUUGAGGAAUUGGUUGUAGAUAGAUGCAACUUGAAACACAGAUGCAAAUUCAAUGUUUCUAGCCCUACACUGCAGAGAUUGACCGUAGCCUAUACUAAGGGCUAUUACCAAGAUUAUGAGAUUGUGAUUGAUGCCCCUAGCCUUGUCUACUUCAAAUGCUGUCACCUGCCAAAAAGCUUCUUGCUGAAAAAUCUGAACUCCCUUGUCGAAGCAUGUUUUGAUUUCGGGACAGUUUUUGAUUGUUAUGACUCUUUUGUCUAUUAUAAUAAAGCUGCAGCUGAUCUAUUCAAAGGCAUCAGUAAUGUUCAAUCACUUCAUUUAUCUGGUAUAUUUGCAGAGGUUUUCCUACAAGUUAGUAGCAUAAUUCCCAAGUUGCCUAAGCUGACUUAUUUGAAUCUUGAUGGCUACUUCUUUGUUGGGUGGGAAAGAGUGCUUCCAGAUUUACUGGCAUGCUUUCCUAGUCUAGAAGCACUUGUUUUUAAGGUGAACCAGCGUUAUUCAUGCGACAUCAGCAGAGUCAAGUUUCCAUCCAAGGCAUUUCCUUCCUUUCUGUGGUCUCAACUCAAGACAUUUAAAAUUUUGUCAUUCAAAGGUCAGAAAAAUGAGUUCCAAAUGGUUGAGUAUUUUCUCAAGCAUGCCCAAGUUCUGGAGAAUUUCACGGUACAGGCUAGAGAAAGAAAACAGAAUGCAGCAAAAUGGAGGUCAAAGAUCACUAAAAGAUUGUCCAAAUUACCAAAAGUCUCCAAGAAAUGUAAGGUCUCGGUUGUCUAA